CCAUAUACAACAAAGCAUCUUACACUGUGUAUGCGACUGAGUUUGUCUUUUGAAGCCAGUCAGUCAUUUUUUGCAUCCGUGUUGAACUGACGAGCUGAGAUGAUUUGGUCCCCCCCCCUCACUCUAAAAGUCCACGGCGGAGGAAAACGACGUCGGUCACGUGCAAACAAAAGUCAAGUGUACAAAGGUGGCUUGUUCAUUUUGCACGUUGAAAAGAAAAUAUUGCGCUUGCCCGAGCAGGACCCCCCCCCUCCCCCCUCCCUUCUCCCACCCCCGCCGUCGCGUCCCUCCUCUCGGCCUGGCUCUCGCCGCGCGCCAUCCCGUCGCUCCCGUCGGGAAGUUUUUGCGGUCGUACGGAAGAUGGACGCAGUCCGCGGGCGCGCGCCGGGCGUUCUGGUGGCGGUGGCGCACGGCGCGGUGUCGGCGAGCCUCAACAUCAUGCUCAAGUUCCUGAUGAGCAGCCUGCACUUCCGCUUCCUCACUUUGCUCCAGCUGGCCACGUACGCCGCCGCCGCGCUCGGCUUGGAGACCCUGCGGAGGUUCGGGAGGGUUUCCGUGCCCGCGUUCAGCCUCAGCCUCUCCAAGGAGUUUGCGCCGGUGUGCAUCUUGUCGACGCUGCAGUCGACGCUGACGCUGUGGUCGCUGCGCGGGCUGAGCCUGCCCAUGUACGUGGUGUUCAAACGCUGCCUGCCGCUCUUCACGCUCGCCGUGGGCGUCUGCGUCCUCAGGAACGGCGCCCCCUCGCCCGGCGUCAUCGCCGCCGUCGUCAUCACCACCGGAGGCGCCGCGCUCGCCGGCGCCGGAGACUUGAGCGGCGACCCGUUUGGGUACGUGACGGGCGUCCUGGCGGUCGUGGUCCACGCCUCCUACCUGGUCGUCAUCCAGAAGACCAGUCUGGAGAGCCAGCACGGACCACUCACCGCGCAGUAUGCCGUCGCUGUCACGGCCACACCGGUCCUGCUGCUGUGUGCCCUGAUCUCAUCCGACGCGGUGGUGAUGUGGUCGUACUCGGCCUGGAGCGACGCUCGCGUCUUGGCCCUGUUCCUGUCCAGUGUCACCUUCGGCUGUGCCAAAAACUUCACCACCUACCACUGCACCUACCUCAACUCCGCCGUCACCACCAGCUUCGUCGGCGUGGUCAAGAGCGUCAUCACCAUCACGGUGGGCAUCGUGGCCUUUGACGACGUGGCGCCCACCGCGUUGUUCCUGGCCGGCGUGGUGGUCAAUACGGUGGGCUCCAUCAUCUACUGCGGGGUCAAGUUCUUUGAGAUCGAGAAGAAGCCUUCUUAUGACCACCUCGAGGGCAGCACCAAAGACAACCCGGCGGCGGCGCCACCGGGUGAGCCGUACCUCCAGGUGCAGGAAGCGGGUGAUGAGCGCGAGGCCAAUGGCGUGUCCUCCUGCGCGAUGAAGGAAAGUGACGCGGUGGAGAUGCACGAGGAGGACGCCGCCCUGUCGGGGAAGGCGGCGGGCAACUAUGUGGGCGUGUGGCGCUCCAUCAGACAAGUGCACUUCCCCAAAGAUGACGCCCUUAUCCACAACAUGGAGCUGCAGAGCCCCUAAGGGCGAGACGGCUACUUUCGCGUCACUGGAGUUAGCCUCUGCGGUGCUAACUCUGCAUACCUUGCAUGAUUAGAAACAAAAAGAAUGGCAAAAAAAUUCAACUGGUCAGCAUGCAGCGCUCAGCUACUUGCGGGAUCUGUCGCUUGCGUCCAAAGUCUUUCGUUUGGUGUGCUUGUCGUGUCUGACCUUGGUGCCCGUUUUCUCUCUUCCGACUCAUCUUUAUUUUUCCACACGGACACCAUUAGCUUGCAAUUAGCGGAACCUUCCAUGACUCUUGAGCUUUUAUUUUGAUGCUAACAGAUGAUGAGCACGUUAGCGUUUGUGCGCGUGGGCCGGCGAUCCUUCCCUUUUGCGCUCGCUAAUGGUAAUGGACGAUGACGCGGGAGUCAUAGAAAGAUGGAGGAGCCGUUGUUAUGUGUUUGAGACCUUGUGGAGCCCUUUUCACUGCAGGCGCUACUUUAAAAACAAGAAAUAAGAAAGAAAGUGUGA